AUGGCGCCGGAGCCGGCCGCGGGGCUACCCGAAGACGUCCUCGCGGAGGUCCUAGGGCGCCUCCCGCCGCUCGUCCUGGCCGCGUCCCGGCGGGUCUGCAGGGCGUGGCGCGACGCCAUCGACGCCCGCCUGCGCGGCCACCUGCUCUCGCGCUCGGUGCGCGGGAUCUUCAUCAAGUUCAUCGGCCAUUGCUUCUCGGAUUUCUUCUCCCGUCCCUCCACGGGGCCGGCGAUCUGCGGAGGGCUCGACUUCCUGCCCAGCGAAGGCGUCAAGGUCACGGAUCACUGCAACGGGCUCCUGCUCUGCGGCGAUCGGGAGCGUGACUACGUCGUCAACCCGGCCACGCGGCGGUGGGCGCGCCUGCCCCGACGCCCUCCACCGCAGAUGCCGGGGUUCGGCCACAGCGCCUACCUCGCGUUCGAUCCCGCCGUGUCGCCACACUACCAGGUUUUCAUGAUCCCACGCCUGCCAGGCGCCAGCGAAUCGAAUGACAACGCCUUGCUUGAAUCGGAGUGGCCUCCCGCGUCCUACGUGCUGCAUGUGUUAUCGUCGACGGCCGGCCAGUGGGAAGAGGAGACCUUUCUUCGGGAAGGGGAGGCCGCGGGGAUCGUCGCAGACAUGGAUUCCGAUCUAUGGUACGAUCGAUAUCAUGCCGUCUACUGGCGAAGCACGCUCUACAUCCAUUGCCAGCAUGGCUAUAUUACAAGAAUGUCCUUGUCAGAUCACACAUACAAAGUAAUUAGACUACCGGCUGCCGAUGAGUUGAGAGGAUAUCCCAACUACUAUUUGGGGAGAUCGCUGAAAGGGGUCUAUUGCACAAAAGAUAAUUUAUGGAACGGGCUUCAGCUUUGGCACCUCGAUGAAUCACGCCAUCAAACAGAAUGGGUGUUAAAGCAUGACAUCGAUCUCACCUCUUUUGCGCGCAAUCUCUACGCGUUUGACUAUCGUAAGAGGUAUGGGGAGGAUCGUGCUCAAAAAAUAGGCGGACCAUGGAUCCUACAGGACGUUAACCAUCGUAAGGUCAUGGAGGAAUAUCGUAGCCCUUAUUACAGAGCACCACUGGAAGAAAAAUAUGACUGGAACUCUGACGAGGAUAACUUUCUCGACAUCGAAGAUGUUGUUCAAGGAGGAUAUAGUGGAGAUUAUCGUUUCCUUGGGUUUCACCCUUAUAAGGAGAUUGUCUAUCUGGAAUUAUGCAUGGGAAGAGGAGUGGCCUAUGACUGGAAUAGCUCAAAAUUUCAGGACUUGGGCUGUAUAGAACCAAGAGACCACCAUUACGUCGAAGAAGGGAUAACCGCAUCUUUCCCGUACACGCCUUGUUGGAUGGGCGAGUUUCCUGGAAAUGAAUUGGAAUCUCUACUUGAAGAUGAGGCGAUAGCUAGAAGAAAAUUGGAACGGGAAGCUCAGCUAGAAGAUCACUCCAACUUUAGCUUCGUGGACGAGUACGAGCUGCACAAGCUCCGUGGGCGAGCCAAGAGGGAAAAGGAUUCUGUCAGCAAAAUUCGUCGCAGACGCCGCGUCACAGCACGGUAG